UUCUCCCCUCACGGUUCGCCCCACCACCACCAGGAUCCAAUUCUGUCCUCCUUUUUUGACGCGUUCUCUGUCCUCCUCCUUCGCCCCAACCCCCAUCCCUAGCUCCUCCUUCCACCGCCCCUGCCGCCGCCAGCGACCAGAAAAGCUCAAGGACCUCAACAAUCUCCUACUCCGGCGGGAAGUCCUCGGCCAGCCGCCGACCUGGGCCAGAUCCACAGGAGCAGUCAAGCUCUGCAGCUCGACAGUUCUCGGCGUGCAUCUCAGAAACGUUGGACGAACAGGAUAAGCGGGGGUCGGGGCACCCGGGUGCUGUCCCACCUUUCCCUUGAUUAUUUCGCGCACAAGUACGACGGCAAUGAUCGCGCAGCUGUUGAUCCAUCAAUCUGAAUGACAUGUUUGGUGGCUUUCUUUUGUGGCAUGGGUGAUCAAGCAAGUGACCUUGAAUCACUGGAGCGCAUAUUGGGCGAUGCAAGUGCAGAGCCGACUAGGCUAUCAUAUGCUCUUAUAAAAUUUAUUACAAAUGGCUUCUCUGAAGAAAUUGGCGGUGGUGGAUUUGCAGUUGUUUACUUGGGAAUCCUUCCUAGUGGGAAGGUUGCUGUGAAGAAGCUUACCAUAGCACACGAUUUCUCUGAUGAGAGAUUCCAUGAUGAGGUUAAUUGCUUAAUGAGGGCAAAGCAUAAUAAUAUAGUAAGAUUUCUAGGUUACUGUGCAGAUACACAAGGGGAACUUAUGGAACACAAUGGAAGAAAUGUUAUGGCGGAGGUACGACAAAGAUUGCUCUGUUUUGAAUAUGUUCCUAAUGGAAGUCUUCAUCGUUAUCUUAAAGAAAGACCUCAUGGAAAUGAAUGGAAAACACGUUAUAAACUGAUAAAGGGAGUUUGCCAAGGUCUGCAAUAUCUUCAUAAAGAACGCAUCAAUCAUUUGGACUUGAAACCAGAAAAUGUUCUUCUAGAUGCUCACAUGGAGCCGAGAAUUACAGAUUUUGGCUUGUCAAGAUCGUUUGAUGAAGGACAAUCAAGAAUUUUUACCAAAAGCACUGCUGGGACAAGGGGAUACAUCGCACCAGAAAUCAUAGACAGGGGAGAAAUAUCUUUCAAGUCAGACAUAUUCAGUUUGGGCAUUAUAAUUAUAAAGCUGUUAACGGGGAGUGCUAACAAUGAUAUUGAUAAUUGGGAUAAAUCAAUAGACACGGACGGCCCUGAAGUGAAGAGCUGCAUUGAGAUAGCAAGAACCUGUGUGGAUGCUGACCAACAUAACAGACCUUCUAUAGAUGAGAUAAUUGACAAGCUGAACGAGAUGGAGAUUGUUCAAGAAUCAAGAAAUGACACAGCAGGGCCUUUCAUGUACCAAAACAAGGAAUGCCCAUCUGCUCCAAAGAAGCUUAACCAAGACACUGAGAAGACCAAAACGGAGACCAGUAAGCUGCAGUUCAAUGCACACAUGGAUCAUCCCAGGGACGUUGGUGGGAAAUGUCAGAAGAUCAGCGAAGAUGCACAGAUGAUGCCGACGCCAGAGCCUCAGCAUCAAGCUGUGGCGCCAAUGAGGGUUGACCCUAAGACCGUCAAGUUCAGCCUCCCGGAAGACGACGGUGCCAGCAAGUUAGACGACCAGCCUGAUGACGGAGCCGAUAAAGAUGGUACGAAGACGAGGUUGGUAGGGAUGCCACCGAACGCUGCCGGGGUUGAUGAGAAGGGCGGCAACGGUGUCGAUAGCCAGCCAACAGGUAGCAACAAUUCGGGCAGGGGGGAGAAGGUUAAUGGCAUUGGUGACCCAGUGAGGCGCAUACUACUGCCGCCGUCGCCGUUGCAACAGACCAUAACGAGACCAAACAUGGUAGGCAGUGCAGGUUUCCCAGCAGUGGGUCCGACGGGGCAUCCUCAAAUGGGUAUCGUGCACGGAAUGGCUGCCGGAGGCCUGCCACCGACAGGCUUCUACCAGGGCGGCGGCGGUGGCCCUGGCAGCAUGCCUGCUGGGGUGGAGAACUUGCGGGCUGCUGCGGUGGCUGGCAACCCCAUGGCGCUGCAGGUGGACAACUUGCGGGCUGCUGCGGCAGCCGGAAACCCCAUGGCGCUGCAGCAGUUUGUGGCACUAAUUCAGCACCACCAGCAUCAGCACCAGCACCACCAGCAGCAAAUACACAUGAUUCUGAUGAACGGCGGACACGGUGGCGCAGGGUACCCGCAGAUGGGCUACCGGCCGCCCGUAUCGUACCCUAUGACGCCCCAUCUUCAGCAGACCCAGGUGAAGCCACCGCCGCCACAUCUUCAGCCGACCCAGGUGAAGCCGACACCGCCACAAUUCCCGGUGGCCGUCCGCCAAGUUCAACCACCAUCCGAGGACGAAUUCAUGGAUGACUGUAGCAGCCAAUCAUACGUUUCCGAUGACAUUGAUGACGAUGAGGAAGAUGCCAGAGUACGAGAUGCUGACGGACGCCGCUACAAUGAAGCCAGGCCACCAAAUGCUCGGCGCGCCAUGCAGACCAGGGAGAACAACAACGGCACCGGUAAAUUCGAAGUCGCUGGGCAGACCAACACCAUCAACCGUGGAAUAGCUCCGACAGGCAGGAGCUACCCUAUGGUCGCUGCCCCUAGCUCGAUGGGUGGAAAUAGAAUGCUGCAUCAGUCCAUGAUGGGACUGCCUAACACGAUGGUCGGUAGGCAAUGGCCAGUGGAUCGGCAAACCGCGAGCGUGCAGGGCGUGCCAACCGUAUGCGUGUCGCCGGCGCUCCAUCUUGGAAGUGAAGGGGGCGCGCCAUCCCGGCGGGAGAUGCGGCAGGUUGCUGCGGCGGCUGAAAACUCAAUGGCGCUGCAGCAGCAACUCAUGGCAUUGAUGCAGCGACAGCAAAUGGGAUUUUACCUAGUUUUAGUUUCAUUUUUAUUUGUGUUGACUGUUAUCAUUAUCAUUACUGUUAAGGCACGCCGGUAGGUGCUGGAAUCUGCAAAUCACAAUUGUUUGAUAUUCAAAGACAAGUUCCAUCUCCGUUUGAACAACAUAUUGUGCCAUUUGUAAAUGCAAAUAUGAUUUAGAGAAUAUUUCCUCUGUCCCGAAA